AUGGCCCUCACGUUUCCCAAGAUUUACACCCUUGGACCACUCCACGCUCUCCUCAACUCCCAAAUAGGUGACAUGUCUCGAGGUCUAGCAUCCCACGGCUCUCUUUGGAAAAGCGACCUAAACUGCAUGACAUGGCUUGACUCCCAGCCUUUCAAAUCGGUUAUCUAUGUCAGCUUCGGGACUUUGGUCCACUUGACACGUGCCCAAGUGAUAGAGUUUUGGUACGGCCUGGUCAACAGUGGACACCCGUUCUUGUGGGUCAUGAGGUCCGACAUCACAUCUGGGGACCACCAAAUUCCCGCGGAGCUGGAAAAGGGUACAAAAGAAAGAGGGUACAUAGUGGAUUGGGUUUCGCAGGAGGAGGUGCUGGCCCACAAAUCGGUAGGUGGGUUUUUGACCCACAGUGGGUGGAACUCGACGCUUGAAAGCAUUGUGGCCGGGCUGCCCAUGAUCUGUUGGCCGAAUUUGGGGGACCAUUAUAUUAUUAGCAGAACUGUUUGCCGGCAGUGGAAGAUUGGUCUCCAAUUGAAUGAAAAUUGUGACCGGUCCAACAUUGAGGGCAUGGUUCAAACUUUGAUGGGACCCAAAAGGGAGGAGAUCCAGAGCUCCAUGGAUGCCAUUUCGAAAUUGGCUCGUGACAGUGUUGCCGAAGGUGGAUCUUCUCACAACAACUUGGAGCAGCUGAUCGAAUACAUUAGAAAUUUGCAACACCAGAACUAG